UUAACGAUUUGCAGCUCUAAGACGAGUUGGUUCAAUACACUUGAAAGGCAAAAUAAAGUGAAACUGCUGCGGAACUGCGUUGUACACAUUUUUCAGUCACAAUAAAAAAAAAACAUUUGCCAAAUAAUACAAACUACAAAAAUCUAAAGUUACAAGUUUUAAACAAAGAAGAACUUCGCAGAAGCCAAAACAACGUUGGGAACGGCUUAAGCCACAAGGCAUUUAAAAUGGCUGACGAGUAUAUGCCAGAUGUCAGCAUGAUGGACACAAUUGUGCCCGCGAUACUUGGCCUCACCGCGGCUGCAGUGUUGUCGACUGUGGCCUGUAUCUGUGCCAAGCAGAUGCGCAUACGGAACAAGAAGCAGAAUCAACAUGAUGCCUCGUUCCCAUUCCAACCGACAAGACGUCCGACUGCAGUUCGGUCACCGAGUGGACAACCGCCGCAUUAUCUGAAGAAGUCGCCAUCUCCGACUGGGGGCAAGCAGAUGGGAUUGCUCUCACCCAUGCAGGAUCAGUCGACAUCGCCGAUAGCACCGCAAAAUAUGAAAUACUCCGAGGAGGACGAGGCACCGUUGCCAACGCAAGCCCAACAGCAACAAUCUUCAAACAAACUGAAUGUUGUGGACAAUGGCAAGCAGCAUAAUCAUCAUCAUUCGCCAGUGGAGACAAUUGCCAAUGGAAAUGUGACCAUUACAUUGGACGAAUCCAUGGCCAACGGCAAGGAGUUGACUAUUUCGGAUCAAUAUGGCAAAUUGGGCACUAUUUACUUCAAGUUGCGUUAUUUGGCCGAGCGUAAUGCUCUCAUGGUAUCCAUCAUACGCUGCCGCGGAUUGCCCUGCAAGGGAGGAGUAAGUGGUACUGGGGACAUUCCCACUGGUAUGAAUGGACGCACCCAAGCUGCCACGGAUCCGUAUGUCAAGUUGCAACUGUUGCCGGACAAGCAGCAUAAGGUGAAGACCCGUGUGGUGCGGAACACUCGAAAUCCCGUCUAUGAUGAGGACUUCACCUUCUACGGCCUGAACAUGAACGAUCUGCAGAACAUGAGCUUGCACUUUGUUAUACUCAGCUUCGAUAGGUAUUCGCGUGAUGAUGUCAUCGGUGAGGUGGUCUGCCCCCUGUCCUCGAUUGAGAUUGGCGAUAUAUCGAAGGAAGCACUAUCCAUUAGCAAGGAGAUACAGCCACGUAGUUUGAAGAUUCGCGCCCAGGGACGUGGUGAAUUACUCAUCUCACUUUGCUGGCAGCCGGCAGCUGGACGUUUGACCGUUGUUUUGUUGAAGGCACGAAAUCUGCCACGAAUGGAUGUCACCGGCCUGGCUGAUCCCUAUGUCAAGAUCUAUUUGCUCUAUAAUGGCCAGCGUAUUGCCAAGAAGAAGACACACGUCAAGAAGCGCACUCUCAGUCCCGUAUUCAAUGAGAGUUUCGCCUUUGACAUUCCCGCUGCUGAGGGCACUGGCGCCAGCUUGGAGGGCGUCUCACUAGAGCUGAUGCUACUUGACUGGGAUCGUGUGACCAAGAAUGAGGUUAUCGGACGCUUGGAGCUGGGAGGACCGACCUCGAGCAGCACAGCAUUGAAUCACUGGAACGAGGUCUGCAAUUCGCCCCGUCGCCAAAUCGCCGAGUGGCACAAGCUGAAUGAGUAAUCGGUUAAUCCUUAUCAAAUUGGGGCAGCGACCCGGCGCUGGCGCCGCAAACCCAACAACAAUAGGCAACCAAAUUAAAUUUUAACUUUUCUUUAAUAGUUUUCUACUUUUUUAUAUUACGAAUUUUCA